GGUCAUUGCAAGCAUCUCCGAAACUUUUUCCUUUCGUGACAUUAUUGUACGCACGCGCUGCUUAAUUCUCGUCCUCUCUCUAGCAAAACAGAGCAGAACAGAGAAAAACAGAGCGACAUCCAUAAAAAACAAGGGGAGAGAGAGAGAUUAGAGAGAGAAAGCUGGAUUUUGAGGCCUUUUUUGGGGAGUGAUCCAAGGUUUCUUGGUGGGGUUUUUGGUGAUUCGGUUGAGUGAGGGAUCAAUCGAGCAGAGAGAGAGAGAGAGAGAAAGCACCAUGAGUGCAGAGACUGCAGCGAAGUUCACUAUAGACUUUGAGGAGACAGAGCUGAGGCUAGGCUUGCCUGGGAAGGCCUGUGGGGUUAACAGCAAUGGUGAGAGCUCGACGCGGAGCAACGGGAAGAGGGUGUUCUUGGAGACUGUUGAUCUGAAGCUCAAUCUCUCUUCCAAGGAAGAUGAUGGGAGCAUCGAGAAGAUCAGGACGCCAGUCUCAGCGGAGAAGAAGAUGAACAGUAACGAUAGUAAGGAGAAGAGCGUCGCUGCUGCUCCGAGCUCCAGCGAGAUUGCAAAGCCUCCUGCCAAGGCGCAAGUGGUGGGUUGGCCACCCGUGCGGUCGUUCCGGAAGAACAUCAUGGCCGUCCAGAAGAGCGGCUCCGAUGAGGCGGACAAGGGCGCCGCCGCCUCUGCCGCCGCGACCGGCGGAGCGGCGUUCGUGAAAGUGAGCAUGGACGGCGCGCCGUAUCUGCGCAAGGUGGACCUCAAGCUGUACAAGAGCUAUCAAGACCUCUCUGAUGCCUUGGCCAAGAUGUUCAGCUCUUUCACCAUUGGUAAUUGUGGGUCUGGAGGAAUGAAGGACUUCAUGAAUGAGAGCAAGUUGAUAGACCUCUUGAAUGGGUCUGAGUAUGUCCCCACUUAUGAGGAUAAGGAUGGUGAUUGGAUGCUUGUGGGAGACGUGCCUUGGGAUAUGUUUGUCGAUUCGUGCAAGCGUCUGAGGAUCAUGAAAGGAUCCGAGGCGAUCGGACUUGCACCAAGAGCGGUAGAGAAAUGCAAGAACAGAAGCUGAAGGGCGCCGAGCUCCGACGUGUCUCGGUUGCGCUGAAGUCCCCCCUCGUGCUCACGAUCGUCGCCGAAACCGGGAAAUCAGACCGGCUUGAGAGGGGGAUCGAGCACGCAGUUUGGACGCUUCUUCUUAUCGCGCCCCUUUUUUUUUUUGGUUAACACCUUAUUCUCUCUUUUUCUUUUUCCUCCUUAAAUCUCAAUUAAGUCUGAGAAGAAAGAACUGAAUGAUCUGUCAAGGGAAAGGAAGAAAAGAGAACCUGUGAAAUUGGUAAUAUGUUUAUAAGACAUGUUCAUGCGUAAGUGUUAACCUCUUUGGUGUUUUUUGUUCCUUCCAUUUUGUAAUGCCAUGUAUUUUUGUACUAAUGAUGAAACUAUGAGAGUCUUGUGUAUUGUACCUGCCUGUCAAUAUUUUUUUUUAAUUAUUGUUCUUAUUUUGUAAA